AUGAACAGCCGAACAUCAUGCCGUUUCGAUGUCAGGAGAUUUGAUAUCUACAGGAAAGUGCCAAAAGAUCUCACUCAACCAACGUACACAGGAGCUUUCAUUUCCAUUCUGUGCUGUGUCUUCAUACUCUUCCUGUUCCUGUCUGAGCUGACGGGAUUCAUUGCCACUGAAAUUGUAAAUGAACUAUAUGUGGAUGAUCCUGAUAAAGACAGUGGUGGGAAGAUAGAUGUGAGUUUAAACAUCAGUUUGCCAAACUUGCACUGUGAUUUGGUGGGUUUGGACAUCCAAGAUGAGAUGGGCCGCCACGAGGUCGGUCACAUAGACAACUCGAUGAAGAUUCCUCUCAACCAGGGGGAUGGUUGUCGCUUUGAGGGGGAGUUCACCAUCAACAAAGUACCAGGAAACUUCCACGUGUCGACACACAGCGCCACGGCACAGCCCCAAAACCCCGACAUGACCCACACCAUCCACAAGCUGGCCUUUGGGGAAAAGCUUCAGGUACACAAGGUCCAAGGAGCCUUUAAUGCUCUAGGAGGGGCCAACAAGCUGUCAUCUAAUCCUCUGGCCUCGCAUGACUACAUACUGAAGAUUGUACCGACAGUGUAUGAAGACCUGUCGGGUAAACAGAGGUUCUCCUACCAGUACACGGUGGCCAACAAGGAAUAUGUUGCUUACAGCCACACAGGCAGAAUUAUCCCAGCAAUCUGGUUCAGAUACGACCUCAGUCCAAUCACAGUCAAGUACACAGAGAGGAGGCAGCCGCUGUACCGCUUCAUCACAACAAUUUGUGCAAUCGUUGGAGGGACCUUCACAGUCGCAGGAAUCAUCGACUCCUGUAUAUUUACUGCUUCAGAGGCCUGGAAGAAGAUCCAGAUUGGAAAAAUGUCAUGAGGACUGCUUCCCACCACUCCUUACAUUUUAUUUAUAAGUGCAAAGUUGCUAGCCUGUUAGCUAAAUCCAGUCCUGCUCGAAGCAACUUCCUUAUGGAGAUGGUAUCCCCGUGACCCGUGAAGCGUCUCCGGCACUCGAUAUAACUACCAGGCUACACGGUUCUGUUACUGAAGAUCCUCUCAGGCUCCAUCUGCUCUGAUGACAUGUGAACGCCGACUAUCGCAUGUCUGCUUCCUGCGUCUUCAGUGUCAGGAGAGGGAAAGGGAAUCUCUUUUGUUACUGUGGAGGUGAAUGUUAAAGAGCUGUGGGCCAGGAUUCAACCAGUAUGUGUUCCUCAAAGGGUGCAGCUGAUAUUUUUAAAAUGAAGUUUAAAAAAAAAAGCUCAUAUUUGUGCUGACACGAAAGUUUUUUUAAAAAUCUGCACCAUGUGUCCACACAGAAUCUUCCCAUUUUUAAUUCAUGUAUGGAUUACUUGCAGACAAAAAUGGAUAGUUUAGCCUGUAAAUGAAUCCAAAUAUUGAUUAGCUCCACCAGUAUGUCAGUCUGACUGUAUAUGAGUCUCUGAAAUGGCAAAAGCCAAUAAUUAUUAGAAGGUAAUUGUGCAGGGUUUUGAAACUUGCACAGACUGGACUGAAAUCUGAAGUGUUUGUUUCUCAUGCUGUCUGUUUAGGUGUAUCAUACGACAUUGUCUUUUCCCGUUUUUAUCGACAUCAUUCAGACUGUAUGCCUUUUUGUUUGCUUGCCUCAUUAUCAUCAACUCUCAUUAGUUUGUCAGGCUUUACAGUGACUGCCACUGAAACCAGUAUUUUUCACUGUGUUUUUCAUGCAUGAUGAAAUUUACCGCAUCGGUGUAGAUUUUAGCUUUUAGAGGAGUCUUUUAAACACAUUGCUCAUUUUAGUUUUUUAGUCUGUAUAUCAAAUAAUUCAUCAGCACUGUUAAAUAUCCCAGACUUUUUCCAUUCCAUUUCAAUGAUUGUAAAAAUGUGGUGGAGGUCUGUUAGUUUUAGUUUGAUUUGUGUACAAGGUGUUUGUGUUUCCAUGAAGUUGUAAAUUGUAAUGAAGGUUCAGUUUUGUAAGGAGAGAACUUGUUGGUGAGGAUGUUCUUUGCUUUUUGCUCUUUUUUAUACUAUUACCACAACCUCUGUGAUGGAGGACAGUGAUGAUCACAAACCCCCAGAACCAGUUUUUCUACUCCAAAGGCCAUCCAUUUCCUCUUCCGUCUCAAAUUACUCUGUAAUGCUAUGUGUUCCUCAAGUAAAGGUGCUAUUGAGGUUA